AUGUGUGUUAAGGGGUCGACAUCGGACAUCGCGUCCGACGCCCGCUUACUUUCUCAUCCGGAGUUGGGUCAACGACCCAGCCCGAUUUCAAUACAUGUAGCCUUGACACUUUCUUUGACCUUGGCUCCUCCAGCACUCGGCAGCAGGAAUGGCCUCUACAGGCUAGAAAGAUCACUGAAAGAGGAACCCACGAAAAAACCCGAAGUUCCCGCUGUGUACAUAGUUAAAUACAACCGAUUUGUAGAUAAUAUUCUUGAGAAGAUGAACGACAUUUUAAGACGAUCAUACGACCCUGUCAAUGUGAAACUUCAGCCAAUCGACGCCAAAAAGAAGAGUUCUAAACCAAAGAAGAACAAGACAAAAACUAAGUCUAAAAAUAAAAGGAAGCAAACCACUCGCGCUGGUAACUCGGCAGCAGCGACUGAUAACAAAACCAUCGAAGCGUUAACGAAAACUAACGAGAUAAACGAUGUAUCUGUAGUCGAUAAGAAAAUCGAGGAAACUUUAAUGGAAACACCUCAAAAGGUCGAUUCGAGAGUUUUGAAGGAAAAUACUGAUACCAAAAGCGCGAAAUCCAGACUGACCACGACGGGAAUUAAGCCUCCCAACAAGACGACUAAGCCGAAACCCAAACCGCCGGCAAAAAACCCGGCAACUACAAAGAAACCCGUCACUAAGAACAAGACUAAAACAGGUCAAAAGAGUAAGCCGAGAGCAAAGGGCACUCUUUACGGAUUGUCCUCAUUGAGGAGAACUGGAGAUGUUGCAGUCAAUAUCCUGUCAGAUCACACUACUGUGAAGAGUAACUUCGCUGUCGGACCGCUUAUAUUAAAAGUUGAGAAGGAGGUCCGAGUCGACAGUAAUCACGAGCGCACGAGGGAAUUGGUUUGGCAACGCAGCGCGAGAAUUGCCCAUGUUGUGUCGGAAAAGUUGUUGUCCGCCUCCAAGCCAAUGUUUCUCCAGCAGUACAAA